CUCGGCAACAAGCCAGCUAGCUUUUCUUCGUCUCGCCCGUCCCUCACAACGCUUCCUCCUCACUCACCUCAAGAUGGGAUCAGCAGCAGCCGUCAUCGACGACGACGAGCGCGCGCCGCUCCUCACGUCGGGAUCGUCCCAGCGCUCAGCACCAGCGUCCGACACGGGCGCCGCCCCCGCCUCCGCCGGAACGUACGCCGUGCCAUGCCUCCUCCUUCAGCACGUCUCGAGCACCAUCAAUGCAGGCCUGUACGACUUUGGCGCGUUCCUCUUCCUCAUCGACAUCUUCGCCGACACGCUCGUGCCCUCUGCCCUCGUGGGGCUGUUCACCACCCUCUCGGGGCUGCUGUUGUCGGGGUACAUCGGCGGCCUGGUGGACCGUACGCCGCGGCUGCGUUUCCUGCGGCGUGCCAUCGGCGCGGAGAAGUUCUUCCACGGGGCAAACUACGCCCUCUUCCUCCUCCUCUUCGGGCCGCUGCAGCCCGUCGCGAGCGCGGCGUUCCACUUCCGCGCGAGCACCGCGCAGAACGUCGCAGUGUGGGCGUGCCUGCUGCUCACGAUCAUGUGCUCGAGCUUGCUCGGGCUCGCGAACACCGGGCUGACUGUCGCGAUCGAACGCGACUGGGUGACGUGCAUCGCGCGCGGGGACACGGCGCUGCUCACCCAGCUCAACACGUACAUGCGCCGCAUCGACCUCGUGUCCAAGCUCGUCUCGCCGCUGCUCGUGUCGUUUCUGACCGUCAUGUGGGGGUACGAAGUCGCCGUGGCCAUCCUGCUGGCCUUUACAGUCGUCACAGCCGCCACGGAGAGCGUGUGGAUCGGGGUCGUGUACCGCUGCUUCCCUGCGCUGUCACGCCAGGACCACGGCGCGGUCGAGGCUGCCGUCGGACACGUCGUGGCCGAGAGCACAGAGGACGGCGCGCCCGAGGUCCUCGUUAUCGCGGCGCCGACGACCCGACGCACCUGGUCCCAGUGGUUCGCGCAGGAGAAGGCCGACUGGGCAGAGUUUGUCCGCCUGCCCGUGUUCGGCUCGUCGGUCGCCAUCGCCACUAUCUACCUCACGACGCUGUCGUACGACGGGACGUUUAUCGCGUAUGUCAAGGCCGCGAGGGGGUACGAUGAUACGUUUAUUGCUGGGAUGAGGGCCGUCUGUCUCGUCACUGGCCUCCUCGGAACGGCACUCAUGCCGCUCCUCGAACGCGCAGUGGGCCUCGAACGUGCCGGCGCAUGGUCCAUCUGGUCCGAAGUGGUCUGCCUGUCCCCCGUCGUCGUGUCCUUCUUCUACGGCGCCGGAGCGUACGGCGAGCACGGCCCCUCGUGGAACACGGGCCUGCUCUUCGGCGGCAUCGCGCUGUCCCGCAUCGGGCUGUGGAGCUUCGACCUGUGCCAGCUCAAAGUGCUCCAGCUGGCGCUCGACGACCACCCGCGCCGUAACAGGAUGACGGCGCUCCAGAUCGCCCUGCAGAACCUGUUCAAUCUCGCAAAGUACGCCGUCACGCUCGCUGCCGCGACGCCGGCGCAGUUCAAGUGGACUGCGCUCGUCAGCUGGUUCGCCGUCGUCGCUGGCGCGGGCUGCUAUGCCGCCUAUCUGCGCAGCGUGCGCGGGCAUCUCGUGCACGUUACGUGGCUCAAGAAGCUGUACUAAAAGAGGGUUACGAGGAGCAAAAGGUCCACGAUGUAUUGGGUAUUGGGUCAAGGCAUGCAUGUGUUGUACAGUGUGGG